AUGACACUGUUGUCUCGGUCAAGCUCCAGUUCUGUCGGAAAUAUACUCAAUCCGAACCAAUUCGACUCACACAGCAUCUUCAUUGUCCUCCGGCCGAAAGGAGUGGAUAGUCAAACAGAAGCUACAGGAGCAGACGAAGUCGUGUACAAUCUCAUCCCCGAGGACGGAAAUGGACAAGAGAGAUUGCUUCAACCUGCAAACACUAUCAUGGAAGUGCGAUCCUGCCCAGCCGACUGGGUUUACCACCUUGACAACGAGGAAGGGAAAUUGGAGAUGGUGGCAUUGGUAAAAGGAGCUACCACAUUCACGUGUGAUGAGCUCUUGGGGGAAUGGGGUUAG